AGUUGCCCUCUUCCCCCUCUAUUGGAUUGGUGAUCUUUGUUUGCAGUGAGUAGCUGUGACGAGAAGUCCUAGCUAGCCCACGGAGCGCGGUAUAAUACAUCACAAUUAGAAGCUGUGUCAAGAAAAUCGCUUUGGUAUUGACAGGAUAGUGUGUAUAUAUAUAUAGGCUCAACAGGUGUUGAAGGAAACUGGUACAGUUUGUUCCUGUUAUCUUAAGCCAAAAUGCAAAAUCAUCAAUCACAGUUUUUAUUCAACAUGGAGACUAUAUUCAUCUUCCUUUUGGCCGCUACUAUAGAUUGUGUAUCACCAUUUGGAUUUCAUCACGUAGGAAUUGUUUCGCCAAAACAAAGCGAAUCGAAGUUGUAUAAUUCUUUAUUUGAAAAUUACAAAACAGAAACAAACGAUAUACCGAUUUGGAAAAAGUUCCAUUUUUGGAAGAAAAAGAGGGAUUUUUGGACUGAUGAUGCGAUCGAUCCUAGCUCUAGGUUUCUUUCACCAGAAAAUCAAGAUAACUUCCCACCAAAGACAGAAAACAUAUUCAGUGAGCUGAAGCCCUAUGAGUCGUUCCAAUUUGUUGAUACUCAAAGCGAACCAAGCGAAGAUUUUGACCCAGAAGAAAUGGAACUAAAUGACAUGUUACAAGAUUCUGAUCCAUCUGAUUUUGGAAGCUUUGGACCAAACGUAGUUCCAUCAGAUGAUUCUGGACUUAGUGGUGGUUUUGGAGUAUUACAGAGCAAUGUAAAGAAUACUGAACACUCACACCAAACGGAGGGUUUUAUAAACAGCGGGUCUGGAACAUGUGUCAAAAAUAUUUCACUACAAGGAACCACGAGUUGUGUGUCCGACGCAGACUGCAAAGAUUGCAAUGGAUUUGUAUUUCAUUGUGCCAGUAACUUCUGCAAAGUUGGUCCUGCUCCAAGUUGUGGGACAGAAUGUGAUAUCACCGAUGGUUUUCCUGCUUGGCUUCUUAAGCGAUGAAGAUCAUUGGAUGAACCGAAGACUGGUUAUCUUUUGUUGUGUUUGGAUAAAACAUUUCGCAGUCUCUAAAUGACAUUUAACUAUUUCAAUUUGUUUACAUGAAUAAGGAUAUAAAUAUUUUGCAUUUAUCAUAAUUAUUAUUUAUAAACGAUAGCAGAAAGACAUAUUUCGCGUAAUUCUUAGACAUUACAUUCAAUAUUAGAAUUGCAAUAUCAUGUUAAUUUGACCCGCUGAAUUUUGAACUUUGUACCAACAACCAGCAUUCUUGUCCUUCUAUAUAAGAAUGAUGAAUGUUAUUUUAAAAGAUUUACAUAGGUAUUUCAAAAAAAGGUUUCUUAAGAUACAUGUUAUAUUGCUUAAUCACUUUUGUUGAUCUAAUAUUGUACAUUUUAAAGCCUGACACUUUAGGUCAUUUUAAGGUACGUGUUAUUAAUUUGAUAUGUUAAUGUAUUUGCUCCAAUUUCAAUACUUUUUGCACAUAAGUUUCAUUAUCCACUAUUUUACAU